CGCCUACGUAUGCACGCUAACAAGGAAGUGCUCUGCUUUCUGUCUCCGGUGCUUCUAUUUGUUGGUGGAAAAUGAUGCUCGGGAUUAAAGAGGGAAUAACCGGUAGAUUUUAAAACCUGAGGUGGAAGUGAGAAGCUUCCGGCCGGUUGGAGCCAUGGUGCGCCGCUCGUCCUGCCCCAGGCUCUGCUCCCGCUUCUCGGCCUACACGCUGGCCCUCGGCCUGGGCUUUGUCACGCUGGGGACCAGUCGCAUUGUGCUGCUCAAAUUCUCUGCCAACGCCGAGAACAAGUAUGACUUCCUGCCUGCGUCUGUCAACCUGCUGGCUGAAGCUCUCAAGCUGCUCUUCUGCCUGGUUAUGUCAGUCAGAGUGAUAGUCCGAGAGGGGCGAUCCUGCAGAGAUCUGGGCUGCGCCUCCAGCUCCUCCUUCCUCAUCUCUCUGAAGUGGGCUGUCCCCGCCUUCCUCUACUUCCUGGACAACCUCAUCAUCUUCUAUGUGAUGACCUACCUGCAGCCGGCCAUGGCCGUGCUGUUCUCCAACUUUGUCAUCCUGACCACAGCCGUUCUCUUUCGAGUCGUUUUAAAGAGGCGCCUGUCUUGGGUUCAGUGGGCAUCUUUGCUUGUGCUUUUCCUGGCCAUCGUCUCCUUGACAACAGGAUCCGGGGGGAACCAGAGCUCCAUAGCAGUGCCGGGCCUCCACUCUAAUCCCCUCUCCACCCCCUCCAACUCCUGCAUCCUCUACACCCAGCUGCUGGAGGAGAUGAAAAACAGCAGCGCCUCUGAAUCGUGGAUGUCGUCGCUGCCCGGUCAGGCCUGGAGGGACAGGAUGGUGGCGAGGCUGCAGUCGCUCGGCGUGGGCCACCUCCUGCUCCUGCUGCAGUGUUUCAUUUCUGCCAUGGCCAACAUCUACAACGAGAAGAUCCUGAAAGAGGGCGACCAGCUGACGGAGAGCAUCUUCAUCCAGAACAGUAAACUGUACGUCUUUGGGGUGGUGUUCAACCUUCUGACUCUGGGGCUCAGCCGCGAGGCUCGAGGACUCACCGUUCACUGCGGCCUUCUCCACGGACACAACGUCUACUCCUUGGCUUUGGUGCUGGUCACCGCUGCUCUGGGUUUAUCCGUGGCCUUCAUCUUAAAGUUCAGAGACAACAUGUUCCACGUGCUGGCGGGUCAGAUCACCACCGUACUCGUUACCGGCUUCUCCCUCUUCCUGUUUGACUUCCGCCCGUCGCUGGACUUCUUCCUGCAGGCCCCCAUGGUCCUGCUCUCCAUCUUCAUCUACAACGCCAGCCGUCCAAAGGACCCCGAGUACAGCCUGCAGCAGGAGAAGCUGCGGGUCAUCAAUGGGGAGGUGUUCGAGAGGUCCAGGGGGGACGGCGAGGAGCUGGAGCUCCUCACCAAGACCAACACAGACAGCGACUCUGACGAGGACUCCCUGUGAAUCCUGAUCUCUGGGGAUGUCGGCGGCGCUGAAGCUCCUGGACCAGGACGCCGUCUGGCGGCGUUUCUGUGAAGCGAUAAACGUGCCUGUUUGUGCAGAACUGCUGUGGUUUGGACAGAAAACAGAUGUUAUUAAAAGCUGCAGCAGCGUUUGGCUGUUGGUGGGAGUUUCCUGUGUAAAUAUGCCUGUAAAACUGGAGGGGGGGGGGGGUCCUGUCACGUCUUGUUUUAUUUUAAUGGGCGUUAACCAUCAAAGCUGGACAUAAAGUCCCAGCAGACUGGAAGCAUCCAGCUUCCUUCUGCAUGAACGGAAUCAAGCAUUAAAGUCUUUAAUAGUCAGAAAAUCUUUAGUUUUCUUGCUUAAAACGGUUAAAAACAUUUAUCCACUUUUUCUCUUUGAUCACCUUCAUGCAGAGUUUAUUGACCUGUUGGAGGUCGUGUCUCAUGGCUCUGAUUGUCUUUGCUGUGAUGCUCCAGAGUCAGAAAGGAUCCGGUUAUUAAUCUGAUCUGGAAUAAAGCGACACUGGAGGAAUAUU